UCCCGAUCCCCCGAACGCCGAGCGGAUUGCCGACUUGCGCAACGCGCAAAACCGCAAUUCUCGACUUCAUCUCAGUUGAUUCACGCCGCUCAGACAGCGUUCCCUCCGCAAUGUCUUACCCCGGGUACCCGCCGUAUGGCCGUAAGUAAACGUGUUGCUCGGAACAAACUGGAAUCGCGAUUGGUGACCCAUGCAGAACCCCCUCCGCAGCAAGGGGGCUAUUACCAACAGCCGCCUCCUGCCCAGCCGUACGGAGCGCCGCCGCCUGCACAGGGCCAAUACUAUCAACAGCCUCCUCAAGGCUACGGACAGCAGCCGCCGCCUCCGCCCCAGCCUUACGGUGUCCCAGCCCAGCAGCCUUACGGUACUCCGUCUCCCCAGCCGUAUGGAGCGCCGCCUCCUCAACCCUACGGCGCUCCGGCCCCGCAGCCUUACGGCGCGCCGGCGCCCCAGCCGUACGGAGCCCCUCCGCCCCAGCAAGGAGCCUACGGGGCCCCCCCGCCUGCCCAACCGCCGUACGGCGCUCAGCCUGGAUACGGCGCACCCCCGCCUCAGCAGCCUUACGGGCAGCAAUCCUACGGUCAGCCCCCGCCGCAGCAAUACCCACCUUACGGGCAGCAGUUCCCCCCGACGCCCCCGUCUUUGGGGUACGGACCUCCCCAGAUCAUUGCGUAUAACGGCGACGCGGACGCACAAGCCCUCAGGUCGGCCAUGAAGGGGUUCGGCACCGACGAGAAGGCCCUGAUACGCAUCCUGGCCACCAAGGACCCCUUGCAGGUCGCGACGAUUCGAGAUGCUUACACGCGGCUCCACCGGCGCGACCUCGUCGCGGACCUCAAGAGCGAAACAACCGGCUGGCUCGAGGCUGGGCUGGUCUCGCUCGCCCGCGGGCCCCUUCUGAGCGACAUCCACCUGCUCCGCGAGGCCAUGUCCGGCGCUGGAACCAAGGAGACGGCGCUGAACGACGUGCUGCUUGGGCGUUCCAACGCCGACUUGAACGCCAUCAAGUCCGAGUACCACCGCGUCUUCCGUCGGCGGGUUGAGGACGACGUGCGCAGCGACCUCAGCAUGAAGACGGAACGGCACUUCAUGAUCGUCCUCAGCGCGCAGCGUGCCGAGGACUCGGCUCCCGUCGUGAAGGCCGACAUCGACCGCGACGUCAACGACCUGUACAACGCGACCGAGGGCAAGGUCGGCACGGACGAGGUGAAGGUGUGCAGCAUCCUUAGCACGAGGAACGACAACCAGAUCCGCGCCAUCGCGUACGAAUAUCAGCAGAAGUUCGCGCGGAGCCUGGAGGACGUCAUUCGCAGGGAAUUCUCCGGCCACAUGGAAGACGCGCUCCUCUUCCAGCUCCGCAACGCCGUCGACAAGUAUAUGCACCAGGCCACGCUCCUUGAGGAUGCCAUGAGUGGCGCAGGCACCAAGGACUACCUUCUCGUCAGCCGCGUGGUCCGCUUCCAUUGGGACCGCAACAACAUGGCCAACGUCCGCGCGGCAUACGAGAAGCGGUACCGCCGCAAUCUGGCGAGCAGGAUCAGGGGGGAAACGAGCGGAGACUACGAGCGGUUGAUGCUCGCUUGCAUCGGGGAGCCCGUCUAGUUCGGGCUCACUCGUUGGCCAAGUCGAGGUUUCCAAGGCGCAUUGUUUGUUGAACUAACUGUCUCGGAGUAGAGCAUCGUUCUUGCUAUUGAGGUGUUGCUGACCGUUCCCAUGGUCCGGGGGCUGCGGUUGUCGGCCGACCGGUUCAUCCGAUCUCCCACUUUGCGUGACCCUUGUACGGCAUACUCUUGCGGAGUUAGCUUGCUCUUUUGGCAGACUGCUGGGGGUAAGCAAAGCAUAUCAUCUUCCUUCGUAUUCUACAGC